UACGUAUAAUAUUUAGAAAUUAAUUUUAAUGCGAUUUUUUGUCGAAAAUAAGUCCUAAAUCUUUUAAAGAUGUCGCGUUUACGCCCCUCCCACUCACGUUCUGCGCGAGUCAGCUGACUUUCCCAGUCUGUGACUUAAAAAGAAACCGGGUGGAGAGACGAUGUGUUUCUGUUCGCAAAACGGGAGCGCGUGAACGGGAUUUGCUCGUUUUUAAGCGUUAUUUUAACUCCCAGCCUCCGCAAAAGGCGGCUAAAGAAGAUGUUAAAGAGGAUAUAAAGUGAAAAAUAGCCGCGUUAGGUGAUUAAUUUUGGAUGUGUGAGGUGUUUUGUGUCGGGUUUGUCAGUCAUGGCUGAAUCGCUGUCUCUCCUGAAGCGGCUGAGUUAUGCAGUCGGACACUUUCUAAACGACUUGUGCGCCUCUAUGUGGUUCACCUACCUCCUAGUGUAUUAUCACUCUGUUUUGGGCUUUCAGAACUCGUAUGCAGGUGUAUUAUUGUUAGUGGGACAGAUAGCGGAUGGAGUGUGUACUCCUCUGAUCGGGUAUGAAUCGGACCGAACGGCAGGAUGCGGCAGUUACGGCAAAAGGAAAACAUGGCAUUUACUAGGGACGGUCAGUGUCAUCAUCUCUUUCCCCUUCAUCUUUAAUCAGUGUAUCGGCUGUAGUGAGUACACUCCGCAGUGGGCCAGUCUCAUCUACUUCGUCCCCUUCAUCAUCAUCUUCCAGUUCGGCUGGGCUGCCACCCAGAUCUCCCACCUGUCCCUCAUUCCCGAGCUGGUGAAGUCCGAGUCGGCUAAAGUGGAGCUGACAGCUUACAGAUAUGCUUUCACUGUCAUCGCUAACAUCACUGUGUACGCUGUGGCCUGGCUCCUCUUCCAUUUCCAGUCUAACGAAGAUCCGUCCAUGACCGAUAACCUUGGGCCUGUCGACAUCCCCAUCUUCAGAAAUCUGAGUUUGAUCGUUUGGGCAAUUGGCAUGCUUUUCUCUCUGAUUUUCCACCUGGGCACACGGGAGACAAAGGCUGGGGGAAACGAGGAUGAGGAGGGAGCAGAAGAUGCAGGAGAACACACACCUCUCCUCACUCGAUCCACACUGAGCUCUCCUUCUGUGGCUCUGCAGUGGCGACACUGGCUCAAAGAGCCGUCCUUCUACCAGGUUGCUCUUCUGUACAUGUGCACGAGGCUGAUAGUGAACCUGUCACAGACCUACAUCUCCAUGUACCUCACUAACACACUGCUCCUGCCAAAGAAGUACAUCGCUACAAUCCCCUUGGUGAUGUACGUGAGCGGAUUCGUCUCCUCUCUGAUCAUGAAGCCCUUCAACAAGCUGAUAGGGAAAAGUAUGGUCUACUUCGUGGGUCUGAUCCUGAUCAUGAUCUUCUCUUACUGGGCUCUGCUGGACACUCAUAUGGGUGACGGUGUGUACGGAGCAGCAGUGCUGUUGGGGGCGGGGUCAGCCACCAUCCUUGUCAUGUCUCUGUCCAUGACCGCAGAUCUCAUCGCUGAUCAGACCCAAAGCGGAGCAUUCGUUUACGGGGCUAUGAGCUUCACCGACAAAGUGGCAAACGGACUGGGAGUCAUAAUCAUCCAGGGCCUGCACCCGUGCCAUACUCAGGCGUGUUGUCCUGCGUGUGUGUGGUAUUAUCACUACGUGAUGGUGAUUGUUACGGGCGGAGUCUCUGUCAUAGCAGCACUCAGUCUCUGCACUAUUCUCAUCUGGCCAAUCAGGAUCAGCCAUCUGUCAGAGGAGCAGCAGGUAAACGGCUCUGUUAACAGUCCCCCAGACGGUCUCAGCGUGAUGCCCGGUCUGAUGCCAGACAGAGAAGAUUCAGACAGCAGCAGCGAGCCAACACUGGUGAACUGAAUUCAGCUGAAACUCAGAGGGGUUACACUCAACUGAACUGAUGCUUUCUUCAUGUUUAUCCAGUUAUUUACAGAUAAGUCCUGUGUGUGUGUGUGUGUGUGUGUGUGAGAGAGAGAGAGAGAGAGAGAAAGAGUAUGUGUGCAAACUGUUCAUGCAGUUAUUACUAUUAAUGUAAGGUGUGGGGAAGGAGGCGGGGCUUACUGCUGUCCAUAUGAGGGUAGCUGAAACACCUGUACACUCCAUCACUGACAGCACUACCCCAAGUGCCACAGGAAUUUUUUUUUAAUUGAGUUUUUAUUAUUGUUUAUUACAAAUGUUGUUUCACCAAAUGACACAGUCCGCAUACGCUAUGGUAUAGAUUUCCCAUGUGGUCCUGUGUGUGUGUGUGUGUGUGUGUGUGUGUGUGUGUGUGUGUGUGUGUGAGAGAGAGCGCGAGACAGAGAUCCAUUUUAAAGGCAUUUAGACACUAUUGAUUUUAUAAAGGGACCAGCAUUCUAAAUGUAUUUAUUAUCAGCGUAUAUAUUUUAUAUAAUAAUCUCUAAGAAAGUGAAGGUUCUACUAAAGAAUGUAGGGAGUCACGACAUGUCUGCUCGCUUUUUAUCCAUUUGAAACAAACAAGACGAUGACGUGUAUAAAUUCCUAUAUCCAGCUGUUUUAUCCAGCUGUGUGUGCACUCGUGACAUUUCUGCGACAGGCUCUGGGCGUCAUUUAUCGAUCUUUAAGUAUCUACAAUGAACACUGAUUUUCUUUACACGUGUGUGUGUGUGUGUGUGUUAAAAUGUGUAGCAAAGUAAAUGACCAUGAACCAUCUCACAGAAAGCUGUAAAAUGACUAAAUGUCAACAAAACGGAGAAGACUCGCCUCCACAGUGCAUUAGAUGUGCACCAAGUUUUCCAGUAAUGCAGCUCAGCGCUUUUGAUUUGUUAGACACACACACCAUGUUAACUCCCCCUCCUUUUAUAGGGGGCUAUUACUUUUGUCCCAGUUAACAGCUGUACAAGUCAGUGUUCAUCAAGUCAGAUUAAAUUUAGUAGUUUAAUAUGGGCAAUGAAAUGUGUAUAAAAAUUGCAGCAACCUGAGGAAACGUAUGCAUAAAUUUACCCAAACUCGCGAGUAAACCUCAAGAUACAGCUGUUUAUUUAUAUAUAAUUUCCAUUAACUAACAGAUUUUCACGAGCGCUACAUAUCUUGUGUAAAUGCUCCUGAAUAAAUUCAUUCGUCUGCAGUUUGAUGAAAGAGGCCCAGUGUCUUCUGAUAGAUAUAGUUUAGCUGACGUUAUCCCAGUGCUAAACUGGUGGCUAUAAGCUCCCUGGGCCUGUUAGCUACAUUAGCCUCCUGUGUAACACUAAAGAUUCAGGACAAACAUGUCCUGAAUCCUGACUUGUCUGUAACCUGAUCUUUCACUUGAAAAUGGAAAUGUUCCAUACGUAGGCAGCACACUUUGGGAAAUGUUUGUGAUCCGGAGAAAAAGACUCUCUCUUAUUUUUAUAGAUUUAACAGAGCAUCACAUCACCUGUGUCAUAAGAGAUAACCACACAUUAUUAUUAUUAUUAUUAACACAGUAUAGUGAUAUAAGAUGUGGUCAGUUUAAAAUCAAAGGAUAUGAUGUAUGUCGUCAUGACGCAGAAUAUAAAUGUAAAUAAUGAAGCAACGCACAUUUAUGCUUAAAGGGAAAUUUAUCUGGAUUAUUUUAUUCUCUAUUUCAUGGGGAACAGCAACACUGUGUGAUCAUGUGCCAAUAAACAGUGUUGUUUUGACAGACGUUUACUGACUAUAGUUACACGUUCAUAAAGCUUAAUAACUGUACAUAACUCUUCCGGUUUGCUAACUAAUUAAACAUGGCACAGAUACCGGUUAGUCUUUUCCUGGAAACUAAUUAUUCUUUAACAACUAAGCUUUAACAAGUGCAGUAGGAGUGAAUUACACUAAAUGCUACUCUUCUGUUUUCUUGCUUUUUCUGCCACCUUGUGCAUAAAAUGAGUAACAACAAAGAGUGAAAAUUCAGACUAAUUCAGGAUGAAAUGCACCGAUCAGCCAUAACAUUAUGACCACUGAGAGGUGCCGUAAAUAAGACUGAGUAUCUCCUCAUCAUGGCACCUGUUAGUGGGUGGGAUAUAUUAGGCAGCAAGUGAACAUUUUGUCCUCAAAGUUGAUGUUAGAAGCAGGGAAAAUGGACAGGUGUAAGGAUUUGAGCUUUGAGUUUGACGAAGGGCCAAAUUGUGAUGGCUAGACCACUGGAUCAGAGCAUCUCCAAAACUGCAGCUCUUGUGGGGUGUUCCCGGUCUGCAGUGGUCAGUAUCUAUCAAAAGUGGUCCAAGGAAGGAACAGUGGUGAACCAGCAACAGGGUCAUGGACGGCCAAGGCUCAUUGAUGCACGAAGGCUGGCACGUGUGAUCCGAUCCAACAGACAAGCUACUGUUGCUCAAAUUGCGAAGUAGUUAAUGCUGGUUCUGAUAGAAAGGUGUCAGAAUACACAGUGCAGUGUUAUUGGUGCACUGAUUGGUGUGUGUGUGUAUAUAUAUGUAUAUAUAAUUUGUGUAUAUAUAUAAUACUUUGUUUUCUCCAAUAUCAGAUCAAUAUCACUUUAUUUUUUGGCCUGAUAUUAAUCCUGGGUAUCACGCAAGUGCCGUUUCUAGUAAUAAAGCUUUAUUUACAGCUAAUAGCGCCCCCUGUCUGUAAAACACGCUAUUAAUGCAGCUCAUCUUCAAAAUCUCAUCUUUAUCCAUUCCCCUGUGCAUUAAUCAGUUACCUUUGAUCAUUUUAUUAAGAAUUAUAAAACAUUAUGAACAUUAGUUAGUUUGAGUUCUGUAAAACCACUGUAAAACUUUAUUUCCAAACUAAUUUCACGCAUCCGUGUGAUGAGCAACACGUGUAAUUUAACAGCACUUUUCUGAUGAGGCUUGAUGAUUAGACUUUAAAAGCUGCUCACACAGAAAAGUUAGGGAAUUUUAGGGGAUUACCUGCACAAGAAUUUACUCAUUCAGGUCUGAAAGCAUCAUUAAAGGGCAUUUUAAGGAAAUAAAUGGAAGUGUGUGUGCAUAUAAAUAUAAUCCCAGGUUUGAUCAGAUUCAUGAUCUGCUGUGAGUCUGACAUGUAUUUUUGUGUCUUUGUUUUAAUGUAUAUUAUUAUGUUUGUAUAUUUUUUUUUAAACAAUUUCCUUUUUUUUAAAUCAAAUUGUAUACUGGAAAAAUAAAAAGAUCCAUU